AUGGCAGAGCUUCACGAGAACCUGGCAAGCCUGCGAGGCUUAUACCAGGAUCUUUCGGCUAUCUCCGACAGCUCGUUCUUGAAUGUUGACCGAUUAAUGAUCGAAUUGGAAACACAUAUUCAGGACUUCCAAAAACUCCUAGACAAGCCUGCGAAGAGCAAUGCCAGUCGCCAAACAGUACUUUCGGGCAAGAUCACGGUUGCCGACGUCGAGUACUCCAUCAACGAAGACUUUCAACAAGGCACACUGCAGCUUGCCGACGCCUUGAACAUUGACGAGCUGGAGGCGGCGAUGAUGUUUCUUGCCGCCCAGGAAGACUCGCAGAUCCUGGAUCGACCUCCUCUGAUUACUGCGAUAAUGCGAUUCCAUGAGCGCCGCAAUUUUGUUCUCGAAUGUUUACGCUUGAUUUGCCGCGAAUCUCUCGAAUCGGAAGGCCCAGAGAACAUUCAGCCUAUCAUGCAGGAAACCCUGGCGCUCGUUUUGGACACCAAGAAUAGACAAAUGCAGAACGCGUCGUUGUUCGCCAGGAAAGCUUUGGAAUCCAUGGGAGACGUCGAAAAGUGGUUGUCACUUCUCGGAGACCAGGUUCAGAAGGCCUCUAUCGUGGGGCAGGAGGAGGAUCGCGACAUCAUGGAAGCUAUUGAAUAUCAACGACACAGCCUUCAACAGCAGCACGAGUCGCUUGGGGCCAUCCUACGCUAUCUUUUCAAGGGCACAUUCACUAGCGUCGAGGACUUUCGCCUCCUUAUCGCCCAUCUGAAGAAGCUAGACCGUUUGGAUGGACUACUCAUUCACUACAUUCCGGUUGCAAUCGCGUCCUUUGUUCGUCACGGAUCUCCUGAAAGCUCGGGUACUCGAAUCGAGGCUCGGUUCCUGCACGAAGUGAUCACCAAGGCCACGGAUGGUCAAACAUGGAAGCUCCCGAAUUUCCAAGCUGCUAUCACUGCGUUGUGGCUAGCAAUCUACAGCGGGUGGUACUUUGACGAUGGCUCAUCAGAUGAUAUCCCCGGUGUUGAUCCAGAGAAAGAAGCAGAAGAGCGUACGGACAUGUUCAUGGUAUCUCUUGAUGAUGGGGCGCUCGACCUGAUGUUGGCAAUCUGUGCCAGCGUCAACAUCGAGGAAUGGGCUGACCCCGCGCGCAGCGAACUAGUGACAUUGCUUUUGAAAGAAAGCCUGAUCAGUCUACCGGACUCCAGUUCCUGCAGCAAUUACAUGAAAGAACUUUUGAUGGAGGGUUUCGAGGUGUUUGUGGAAUCCUGCAUCGCGAACAUGCCAGAUGCUGUUCGAAAACUCAAAUCAGAAGAAGAUACGCAGCGAUUGGAUCAAAUAACUGCAUUGAGAGAUGGUCUAACGUCGAGUACGAAUCGCGGUCUAGUGGAGGCGCGAACUCACCUUGAGUCCCUCCUGAUGAUCAUUUCAUUUGCUUUUGAACACCGGGAAGAUGCUGCGCAGGAAUUCUGGGGCGACGUUGAAGGCAACCUCUAUGGUUUCCUCCAAUGGGCCUCUAAGCGUCAAACAGUCCCUAGAGUCAGUGCUUUUUGCGAGAUGCUCUGCUCUAUCUCAGAAGGAGAGGAAAAUGCAGCUGCCGCGCACAGGUUUUUGACAGAGGAGGAAAAAUUCCUAACUUCCAAGUUGAAGCGGUCUACAAACAUGAACUGGACACAGAUGUUUGCUGAACUUCACCUCUAUGCCACCCGAGUCACGGAAAAAUCUCCAGCCAGCGGCCAGACUUCGCAUACUACUCAGGGCCUGAUGCGUGCUCGAAAGCCAGGCCCUGUGGAUAUGAGCGAGCCUGAAUCCCCCGUUAUGCUCACCUGUUACCUCCGUCUCAUGGGUCACUUGUGCAAGCAGAGUGGAGCCAUCCGAGAAUGGAUGCUUCAGAAUCAAUCAUUCAAGGUCGCGGAGGAACUUCUGACUUUGUGUAAGGGGCCAAUCCCAACUCAUCUCAGAGCAACCAUCUUCACUACACUCUCCGCGUUAAUGACCGAUAGAACCCCCGUUCAUGGCAAUGAUAUGUGGGAGUCAGUCAACGCCUUUUUGAUCAGUGCACCAGCGGGGGAGGCUUCAACCCUUAUGAAAGCCCCCGCCCAUUCCAACCAUAGCUUAUGGUACGAACAGCAGGCGUUGCAGAAGAUUGGUGCAAGCUUUGACCAAACCAAUGCCUUUGUGGUUCUUAUCAAUUCGAUGGUCACGCCUACCUCCGACUUUAGUGAAAAACCAUUGUCCCUUGCAUUCCCGGAAUCGUUGGGGGCCGCAUAUCGCAUGCCUGGAAUUGAGCCUUACAUUGACUUCAUCCUGGGUCACGCUCUUUCUCGGAGAAUUCAGGAUCUCAAUACCUACCAAUCCCGCUUGUUGACUUACAAUUGUUUGGAAUUCGUGGUGACUAGCUUACGGACCUUCAAUGAGGAUCUUGUCACUGUUCUCAGCCAACCCUCUCUUGCUGACUCUGCUGUUAAAGCUUCCAACCUCGAGGUCUACGUUCGCCUUCAUGCGUUUUCCCGUGUGAUGGAGUGGCUUUUCAACGAGGAUGUCCUGAAAGCACUGUUCGCAAUCAGUCAACUAGAUAUCUCGGAAGUCGCUCAAGCUUCGUCCGAUUCAGUUUUGGUCCUGACACUACUCCGCAGCGUUGAGGUGAUGAACUUGAUUAUGGAUCUUCAGUCGACUUACUUCAACGUUGUCAAGCCAAUGAUCAAGUCCAAUUCGGUGGGACAUCGUUCCACCGUUGCAAACUCGUCUCUCGCUUCGUUUGAAGAUAGUGUCCUGAACAAUUUGUCUCUGGUGCCUGCGCUUUGUCUGUAUUGCGGCACGGGGCAUGAGCAACUGACCGUCACUUCUAUGGCUCUGCUAGAGAAACUGACAAGUUCAUGCAAACUCAACAAGAUGUCCUCGCCAGAACUUACAAAGUGGCAGUCUUCAAACAAGAUCGUUGAAGUGCUUGCUACUGAGGUGGAUGUUGACAGUGUUGCGCGCUCACUUGUUUCCAUGAUGGACCCGGACCUGAGAGAACUAGAGUGUGGGCCACAGGCAGCUGGCUAUGUGAUUCGAGAAAGCCUUCUGGCCCUCUUGAAUCGCUGCCUGGGUAUGAUCACAGAUCGCCCCACAGUAGCUCAUCUUCUACUCGGCUUCAGUUGCCUGGGGAAUAUUCUUGAUAUACCUUCGGAUGGCUUGUUUGCCAAUCAGAUGUCGUUGCUACAUGCCAUCAUUGGCUUCCUGCAAGCUUACCCUGAUGAGUUGGGUGGAACCAUUAUAUCAUACACGGUGCACCUCAAGCGCAUGGCUUUCGAAGUUCUCAAGCAUCUAUGGUCCUCGAAGCUCGCGACGUAUUUCACUCUCGGUGAGAUGCGCGCGCAUGGAUUCCUGAUGAACAUGUUCACCAGACAACCCAUCGUCGGGCCCAACAGCCCCUGGAAUGGCCAUCUAAUUUCCACUGAUGAAUUCUGGGUCACCGAUGCGACUUCGGCUUUGGCAGAAUUCCUGCUCUACCGAAGCCAUCUGUUUGCAUAUGCUGCCACGGAGAUCCGCUCUGCAGCGAAAGUCGGAUCGCCCACACUCCAAGCCGGGAUUCUAUCAACUCUUCUCGGAAGCUCGACUUUGGAAAAUGGUGAAUCCGUCUCUAAUGCGUCCGUGUUCGAUCUUUUUGACUUCGCCGACCUCGAUGUCUCGCGCAACUUCCAUGCACCUCAACUCACCUUCCUGAGCAAUAUUGCCGUUGAAGACUGUGCCAGCCAAGAGCGAGACACGUUGGUUCUUUACGAUAUUGCCAAGGUUGAGGAGUUGAUCCAUAUUCGGAAAUCGGAGUUGCUUGCUUCUGGUCUAGCACGACCUCAGAGCGAAGAACAAUUCGAGGCUGAAGCGGAAAGCUUGAAGAUCUUCAUUCUUGCAACCAACCAAAGCCGGCAAAUUAGCUACAACCGUUAUCUCGCCCUUCGAUCCUGGGCAGAGCUUGUCACCACCAUCACUACUUGCUCCGUCUUGGACGACGCCACUAGGCCGACAUUCAUCCUACACGCCAUUCAGAUGAUUCUGCCCAAGCUCGAAAUCUCAGUUGAAAACGAAUCGCUAGAAGCCAUCGAGCUCGCGCGUUUAGCAGAGACCUUGAUCAGCAAGCUUGCAUCCGAUGUUCCUGGGACCCCUACCUCUCGCAGCGGAGAUGUCAUCGAUGAGAAGCUUCACCAGCUCUUCCAGGUGUCCAUUCGUGGGAUCAUGCUGGCUUCGGGCAACGUGUCUUUGAGAGAAGUUCUCUACAGCAUCGGCUCCCACUACAUCACCCGUAUCACAUCAUCCGAUAUCACGCACGAGAGCCUGCGCCGUCACAGCCAGCAAAUCGUUAAGACUGCAGGCCCUGCCCUUGUAGAGGCCGUCUGCGACGAUGCUUAUACUGGCCAGGAGGCUUGCCGUGCUUCAGCACUUCUGUUUUUGAACUGCCUGGCCGCUCUGGAUAGCCGAACAGAUUGUGUUCUCGCUGAGCUAAUCUCCCAGUCUAACUAUCUUAGUCUCUUCCUCGACGCAAUCAGGUCACUUCCCGUUGAACUCCGGAAUGCACAGGCAGCUGGUACUUCUUCCUUGUUGGCAUACUACGAAUCUCUACUAGCGCUGCUCCAGCAGCUGUCUCAGACCAAGACCGGAGCCACUUAUGUUCUCAAGUCCGGUCUGUUCGAUUCUGUCCAUGAGUCGCGGCUGUUCGCUGCGGAUCCCGACAUUGGCAUUGAUAUUGAUAACCCGGAUGCCCUCCGAAAGUACUACGACUUGCUUUUGUGUGUGAUCCGUGUCAUUGUCUCUGCCGUGUUCUCCCGGGGAGCCCACAAUGAGCAGAUCAAGGCACAGACUCGAGCCUUCAUCGCCGAGAAUCGGCCCUGCAUGGUCGGUGUGUUCAAGCGGUUUGCCAAGAUUGGAGGCAGUACCAGUGCCACUCAUCAUGAAGCCCUCUGCGAACUCGUCAAGUCAUUUAUGGCCCUAGUGACCGCUACUGACUUCCUUGAGUUUGAGGACCAAGAAAUGCAGCAGAACACUCGGCCCGUUCUGUUUUCAUGA